AUGCGCGGGGCCGAGGGUUUGGACGCCCGUGGAAAAGUGGCGGCUCAUGUGAUACAGGAAGAGAGCGCAAAUGAUAUGGAAUGUGAGCAGCUGCCAGCAGAGACGCUGCGACAAGUGACCAUUCACCGGGACCCUAUAUACGGCUUUGGCUUCGUGGCCGGCAGUGAGAGGCCUGUGGUGGUGCGAUCUGUGAGGCCAGGAGGCCCCUCUGAGGACAAGCUCCUGGCUGGUGACCAGAUUGUGGCUAUUAAUGAGGAGGACGUGAGCGAAGCCCCCAGGGAGAGGUUCAUAGAACUCAUCAGGAACGCUAAGGAAUUCAUCGUUCUUACAGUUCUGCACACUCAUCAGUCCCCCAAAUCCGCCUUCAUCAGUGCUGCAAAGAAGGCCAAGCUGAGAUCCAAUCCCGUGAAGGUCCGAUUUUCUGAGCAGGUGGCAAUUGGAGAAACAGAUGCAAAGAUGAUGAAGAAAGAAGCUCUUCUCCUCAUCCCCAAUGUCCUGAAGGUUUUCUUAGAAAAUGGGCAGAUCAAGUCGUUCACGUUUGAUGGCCGGACCACUGUUAAGGAUGUCAUGGUGACAUUACAGGACCGGCUUUCCCUGAGGUACAUUGAGCACUUUGCCCUCGUCCUUGAGUAUGCCGGACCAGAACAGAACCACAAGUUCCUGCUUCUCCAGGACAAGCAGCCCCUGGCUUAUGUAGUGCAGCGGACACACUAUCAUGGAAUGAAAUGCCUCUUCCGGAUAAGUUUCUUUCCCAAAGACCCGGUGGAGCUGCUGCGUCGGGAUCCUGCUGCUUUCGAGUACCUGUACAUCCAGAGUCGGAACGAUGUCAUCCGAGAACGCUUUGGAAUGGACCCCAAGCCAGAGAUGCUUUUGGGCCUUGCUGCCCUCCACAUCUAUAUCACUGUCUCAGCUACUCGACCUAGUCAGAAGAUCUCACUCAAGAAUGUGGAGAAGGAGUGGGGCCUGGAACCCUUUCUUCCCCCCUCCCUCCUACAGGGCAUCAAAGAGAAGAACCUCCGGAAAUCUCUCUCUCAGCAGCUGAAGGCGCACCAAACACAUCCUUCCAGCAGCACCAAGGGCUCUGCAAUUCAGGCCAAACUCCAGUAUCUUCGAAUUCUGAAUGAACUUCCGACGUUCACGGGCGUUUUGUUCAACACUGUGGGCCUGGAUGAGAAGCAGUCGGCCACCACCCUCCUAGUGGGACCCCGUCACGGCAUCAGCCAUGUUAUUGACCUCAAAACCAACCUCACCACUGUGCUGUCCGAGUUCAGCAAGAUCAGCAAGAUCCAGCUGUUCCGGGAGAACCAGGGCGUGGCCCGGGUGGAGACCAGCAUCAUGGAUGCCAAGCCUCUGGUGCUGUUGAUGGAGUGGCCCGAAGCCACCAACUUUGCCUGCCUGAUUGCGGGGUACUGCCGCCUCCUGCUGGACUCCAGGAAGAUGGUCUUCUCCAGGCCCGCUAGCCAGCCUCUUCCACCUCCAAUGAUCAAGGCAGAUUACAUGCACAGCGCCCACCGCCCUGUCACUGGGGGCCACCUGGGGAAAAAGGAGAGUAGUUAUGUGGGCAGCAUGGGCACCAGCCCCAGGAAGUCGAGCCGCUGCACGCCCCCGCCUGCCGACUCUGAGCUUGUCAGCUUUUGCUACCUCCACAUGCGGGAACAAAGGAAGGAUCAGGAAAGCCGGACAGAUGUCAAUGAGAACUUAAUCUUCUUUGAGGAGACCAGGCCCCGGACCAAGUCUGACCCCACGUCCAAGAGUUCUGGCCAAGGUUAUGUGAUCCCUGAUGACUUUGAUGCAGCUAGCCUAGACCACGAGCCUUGUGCCAGCAGGGCCCGGUCCUACACUCUGGACAAUUCCCUUGGGGCUGAAGCCCUGAAUUUCUACUGUGACUCUUGCAAAGCCAAACUCCAGGAGCAGCUGGGCCCUCGCAAAGGUGGGAGGUCUGGCUCCUCUCGUGACAAUAUGGUAGACUUGAUGUCCCUCCCACCCCCCGGGAGUGAGGAGGAGGAAGAGGAGGAAGAUGAGAGCACUUCGCUGUUGCCUUCCAUUGCUGCCCCACCUCCUGGUUUCCGAGACAACAGUUCUGAUGAAGAGGACCCCAAGCGCCGGGCCGUCCAGAGCCAGGAGCAAGGACGCCACCUGCGUGGGCUCCUGUACGAUGAGAUUCCAGUGACACUGAUUGACAGCGUGCAGACCCGGACAGUCCGAGAUCAUGCCCAGGAGCUAGAUGAUGCCCUGGUGUCCACUCUGCAGGCUCUGGAAGCCCUGGCAGCCUCAGAGGAUGGACCACACCCCCCAGCCCCUCAGACUGCAGGUCUGAUUGUGCUGGCCACAAUCACCCCUGAAUCGUCGCUGGACUCGGGCCACGAAACCAACUCUUCGGAGCUCACGGACAUGUCGGAGGUGAUGUCAGCCAUGAAGCAACACCAGAAUACCACCUACUUCCUGGCCCAGCAUCUCAACAAGGACAGCCUCCUGGCCCGCAAGGACCUGCCCUUCCGGAUCCAGAGCUGUGCAGCCCAGGCCGUUCUCACGGCCCCUUACUCUCUCGGGCGCCCGGAUCCCAACCCAUCCCUCCAGCCAGCUGUCACAGGCCAGAGUCCUGGCGCCCCUGGUGCUCGGAGGAAGGUGCCCCCGUCAGAGGCGCAGCCACAGCACGAGCGAACGUACGCCCUGGCUGUGCACCCAGCACUGUCCCCUCAGCUGAGUGAGCAGAAGAAUCUGAGCCUGCUGUCCCCAGUUCCUGAGGACAAAGGGCCUGGCCACACUCGGGCGGGCCUAGAGAUGUCACUGAGGGCGGCCACACCGUCCCUCAGUGAAGAGCAGGUCUCUGAGCUAAGGGAGAGCCUGCCCAAGGAGGUCAGGUUGAGCCCCAAGCUUAUCCUGGACCCAAAGGGCAGUGUGACCCCAGCCAUCAUCUCGGCCGCCCUACAGCAGGUGGUUCAUACUAAGAGUCUAUCUGCCCCUGGCGGGGCCUUGGGGAGCCCCCCCAACAGUGGGGAGAGGUUAGAGGCCAGCAUGGGGAGGUCAGAGGUCAGCAUGGGAAGGCCAGAAGUUAGCAUGAUGAGCGGCAGUGCCAAUAAGAAUCUUAAGUUCAAAAUGAGUCCCAGUGCUCCAGAGGCCUCACGGAAUUCCCAGCCGCAGCUGAGCCCAGAAGUCUCUUCCAGCUCCAGAGCACCCACAGGCAGCCGAGCUGAUAGCCUGCACCUCUCCUCACAAGAGGACAGGCUGCCUAUUCAAAGUUUCCCUCCCAAGAGCUAUCUUUCUCGAGCGAGUCGAGAGUCAGUGGGCAAGCAAGGUACCGGGGAGGUGGCGGGCAAGGGCGGGCCUGAGGGUGCUAAGCCUUCCCUGCAUAAGCAGGGCAACGUCUCCGGCCAGGGGGAGAAGGGGCAGCUGGAGAGCACCCCCCAAAGCAGCAAGCUUGAAGACACCAGCCUGGUCCCCCGAGCCGGCUACCCCAUGGUUCUGCAGAGCCCCAGCUGCCCGCCGCGAGGCCAGAGCCCGCUGAGGCCUCAGGCUGCCAGCCGGCAGGUGAGCACCAUGCCCUCCAGAAAGAUCGAAACGACCCUGGAUGGAGCCCACUUGGCCUCCGAAGGCCCCACCAAGCCCAAAUCGUCCCGGGGUCCUUUCCGGCUGCGCAGCUUAUUCUCUGCCACCUUCCCAACCCGCCAGAAGAAGGAGACCGAUGAGCGGCAGGCCCAGCUGCAGAAGGUGAAGCAGUAUGAGCUGGAGUUCCUUGAGGAGCUUCUCAAGCCACCAAGCCAGGGGGAGCUGUCGGGCACCGAGUACCUGCAACCCCCAGCUCCAGGCCGCUGCAGCUGCCAGCUCCGCAGCAGCCCCGUGCAGCAGGGGCCCGGCAUGUCCCGAGAGCAGAGGCGCAGCUGUGAUUGCAAGCGCAUGUGCCGGGGGGCCUGGCCUCAGGCCCCCCAGACGCCGGUGCCCGGCCUCCAGGGGAGGGAGAGGGACAGGGUCCCCCCUACCCAGAGGCAGCCAGAGGCCGGCCCAGGCUUGAGCCUCGGCAGCCCCACCAGUGUCCGGCGCAUCCGCUCCACCAGCCUGGAAUCCCGAGAGUGCCGAUCGGACCCUGAGAGCGGGGUUUCAUGCCUGACCACAUGUGCCUCGGGGGGCGAGUGUCUAGGAGCUCCCAACUACAAGAAACUGAUGCGCCGCUACAGCAUCAGCGAGCUGGACCAGGGCGACAGGGCCUCGCUGACCUCGGACGUCUACCCGCACCCACCCCUGGGCAUGCUGCCCAGGGAGGCCAAGGAGGUAGAGGCAGGCCUCCCCCUAGGCGUGGGUCCCAAAAGCAAGUCGCUGGAAUCCCCGACCCUGGGAGACCCCUCCUACGUCCACGUUGCCCCUGAGACCAAAGGCCCCAGACAGAUGGCCGUGUUCUCCCUGCCGGAAGAGGUGUACCGGAAGCCCGCGGAGCUGGACGAGGACAGCGAGAGUGGCAAGUGCUGCUCCAUCCGCUACUGCUUCUACUACCGCAAGUGCGACAUGGCGGAUGACACCAGCGAUGGCAAGGACGAGCUCUCCUACUCCAUCCCCAUGAAGAUCCUGCCCGGCAUGAAGCUGGACGAGCAGGUGGUGCCCGUGGUGAGCAAGACCCUGCAGGUGCUGGAUGCCGCCACCUGCAGCAGCCCGGAGGCCUCCCGCACCCAGGAGAUCGACCUGCGGGUGUCCACCUUCGAGGGGAGCCUGGCCAAGAUCAACGCCCUGCGGGCCCAUGCCUACGGCCUGCCUGACGGCUUCCUGGCCGCCCGGCUGGACACCAAUGAGCUGCUGACGGUCCUGAGGCAGUGCGUGGCCAGCCCUGAGGCCCGCGCCCCCAAGCCCUACGUCUCCCAGAUUUCUGAGUACAAGCUCGAGCUGGCUCUCAAGUUCAAGGAGCUCCGGGCCUCUUGCCGCCGCGUGGCCAACGUGGACAAGAGCCCCACUCACAUGCUGGCGGCCAUCACGGGCAGCUUCCAGGUGCUGAGCAGCCUCAUUGAGACGUUCGUGCGGCUGGUGUUCAUCGUGCGCUCUGAGGCCCAGCGCCAAGAGCUGCUGGCCAAGGUGGAAGAGGUGGUGAGGAACUACACCUUCCUGCUGCGCGCAGCCGAGGAGUCCACCGCCCGGAGCCUUAAGCAGCAGCAGCAGGCAGCGGCCGCGGGGCACUCACCGGGCUCCCCCACUUCAGCGACUGUUAUGAGCACAUUCACCCGCUCCUUAAAAACCCUUAUCAAGUAG